AUGGAGGGCAAAUCGAAAGCGUCCCCAAAGGGAAAGUCACCUUCAAAAUCACCGUCGCCUCCGGCCGCAGAUAGCCCCAGCGUCCCGGGAGAAGAACAGCUCCGCGCAGAUCUUGAGCCCGACAUCUCCGCUUCUGACAAUGAUUCCGUCUUCAGCGAGGAUAACCUGAGUUCUACUGCGUCUAUCAACUCGACUAUCCUGGCGUAUCGCAGGUUGCAUGGCCGGACAUAUCAAAACUACGAGGGGGCCGAAUACUGGUCGUCGUAUGCAAGGGGACCAAAUGACGACAGGCAAAAUGAGGGCCUGGAUAUGGCCCACCACAUGAUGUACGUCGCCUUCGACAACAAGCUAUUUCUCGCGCCUCUCGAGAACCCGCAGAAGGUACUGGACGUGGGAACGGGGACGGGCAUCUGGGCUAUCGACUUUGCAGAUGAACACCCUUCGGCAGAAGUAAUCGGGACAGACCUAUCGCCUAUCCAGCCGUCCUGGGUGCCGCCCAACUGCAAGUUUGAGUUGGAUAACUGCGAGUUAGCCUGGACGUACCCCGACAAUAUGUUCGACUACAUCCACAUCCGCGGUCUGGUUGGCUGCGUUCAGGAUUGGGGGCGCUUGUACCGCGAGUGUCUCCGCUGUCUCAAGCCGGGCGGCUGGCUCGAGCAACAAGAGUUCGCGCUGCCUAUCGCAGGCAACGACGGCCCCCUCCCAGACGAUUGCGUGUGGCACGAUUGGGGCCGGAUCUUCCGCGAGGCCGGCGAGAAGAUGGGCCGGACGUUCGAAGUGACGAAUCACUGGGACAAGUGGCUGCAGGAUGCGGGCUUCACAGGCACGCUGCACUUCGACUCGGUCCGGCUGCCCAUCGGCGGCUGGCCGGCCGACCCGAGAUGGAAGGAGGUCGGCCUGUUCAACAAGCUGAGCCUAGAGCAGGGCCUCGAGGGGUUUGCGACCUACUUGUGCACUCAGGUCCUGGGCUGGCGCCCCGAGGAGGUCACGGUCAUGCUGGCCAAAGUGCGACAAGCGAUCAAGAACCCGACGUACCACGCGUACUAUCCGCUCAAAACCGUGUACACGCAGAAGCCUCUUGCGUCCUAG